GGGCGGAGUCUCGCUGUCACGCCUUUCUAGACUACCCAGUGGAUGUCAAUCACAGCAUGGACGCCACCGCAGACACAAAUAGGCGCAACAUGAGCGGUGGGCGGAGUCUCGCUGUCACGCCUUUCUAGACUACCCAGUGGAUGUCAAUCACAGCAUGGACGCCACCGCAGACACAAAUAGGCGCAACAUGAGCGGCCGGACUCGCCUGAAAAUAGUAAACUUUGAGAUCGAGGAGAACCACAGUCGCCACGAGACCGAAGGCCUGAGCAGCAAGCGACUGGUGGUGCGGCGCGGAAGAGCCUUCAAAGUCACUCUGAUGUUUGACGGACGUCUGUGGGAGCCCAGCGACCGACGUUUGAUGCUGCAGGUUUCAUUAGGCGACAUGUCCGCUAAAAUGUUGGUCAACUUUUCCGAGAAGUGGUUCGACACGGACGGGUGGUCGGCCCGGGUCUACCCCGGCGACCUGCGCCGCCGCUCCGUCACCGUCCAGGUCUUCGCCCCGGUCCGGUCUUCUGUGGGCUUGUACCGGAUGCUGGUCCACAUCGAUGGCGAACAGGAGCGCCACAGCUUCUUGGCGGGGACUUUUGUGCUGCUGUGCAACCCUUGGCUGGAAGAGGAUCCGGUCUACAUGCCGCCGGGUGUGCUGCUGGACGAGUAUGUCAGGAGAGAUUAUGGCGUGGUCUACAUGGGAACGGACGUCAACGUUGUCCAGCGUCCUUGGUCAUUUGGGCAGUAUGAGCCGGGUGUCCUGGAGGCGUGUCUUCAGCUGCUACAGGUGAGCCCUCAGCACCUGAGCAACAAGCACAAGGACUAUGUUCUCCGGGCAGACCCCGUCUACCUGAGCAGGGUCAUGUGUGCAAUGGUGAACUCCAGUGACGACAUGGGUGUCCUGGAGGGCAAGUGGCAGGGGAACUACAUGGAUGGCGUCGGGCCCACAGAGUGGAGCGGCAGUGCGGACAUCCUUCACCGCUGGUUUGCGUCCAAAGGCCAGCCGGUGCGUUAUGGACAAUGCUGGGUCUUUGCCUCCGUCCUCUGCACAGUGAUGCGAGUGCUGGGCAUUCCCUCCAGGGUGGUGACGGUCUUUAACGCUGCCCACGACAGUGAUGGAAACCUGAUUGCCGAUGAGUUCUACUCUAGCACCGGGGAGAAGCUGAGCCUGUCAAAAGACAGCAUUUGGAACUUCCACGUGUGGGUGGAGUGUUGGAUGCGAAGACCAGACCUGGGCCUGGGCUUUGACGGCUGGCAGGUCGUGGACCCGACCCCUCAGGAGAAGAGCGCAGGGAUGUACCGCUGCGGCCCGUGCCCGGUGGCCGCCAUCAGGGGGCGCUGCCUCAGCACGCCUUACGACGCCGCCUUCCUCUACGCCUCGGUGGACGCCGACAUCGUGCGCAUGAUUGUGCGGUCGGGCCGCUUGGUGAGCAAGACCACGGACACCCGGUGGGUGGGACGCUCCAUCUUCACCAAGAGCGUCGGCUCGGACGCGGCGGAGGAUUUGACGGAGAGCUACAAGAAACCUGAAGGACACCAGUUGAUGGGGAAAUGUCCUGCUUAUACUACUAUAAUUAAUAAUUAUACAAAUUAUUACUUACUUUUACCACAAUGUGACACAUGUUUGUUUAAAGGACACCAGUUGAUGGGGAAGUUUACCUUUCAAUCUGCAAGACUUUCUGACCCGUCCCAUCUUCCUGCUAACGCCGGAGCUGUAUAUUGUACCCAGAGUGGGACCAUGCCGAGUCCAGCUGAAGCAGAUGGCUCCAGUUUGGACGUCUCCCUCGCCGUGGACGGAGAGCCGACGGCGGGCGAGAGCAUCGACCUGACCGUGACCCUCACCAACAAAUCGGAGCGCCACCGCGUUCUUUUGGAGCACCUGAACGCUCAGCUGAAGGAAUUCAACCGCAGCCCCCAGAAAAGCUUCUGGAAAAGCCACAAAGAAGUUUCCGUCCCGCCGUUUCAAGUUGUCACGCUGCAGCAUUCGAUCCCGCCCUCGGAGUACGAGUCCUUCCUGUCGGACGACGACAUUGUCAAAGUGUCGGUGGUCAUCAAGGACGUGAAGACCAAGGAGAGGGUUUUGGCCACGCAGGACUUCAACAUCAGCACGCCCAAAAUUAACAUACAGGUGGAAAGCGGUGACAUCAUCAAAAUGAAGAAGGAGCACACAGCCGUGGUUUCCUUCACCAAUAAAUUCAACAAAGGUCUGAGCAGCGCUGUGCUGGCGUUGGAAGGUUAUGGAUUGUUGCAGCGCAGACAAGAAGUCAGGCUGAGUGUGCUGCAGCCAGGAGAGAAGAUGGAGAAGAGGGUUUCCAUCAUGGCGUCCACAAAAGGCACCAAGCUGCUCGCCGCCACUUUGUCACAUGGCAACAGUUCUAAAGUGCUUUCUAGAAGUUUCCAUAAAGUGUCCGUCACCUCAUAGACGUGCUGGAAAUAAUACAA